GUAAACCCGAAUUUAAAUAUAUAGCAAACAUGCAUGGUAACGAAGUGGUCGGAAGAGAAAUGCUUUUACUAUUCAUUAAAUAUCUUUGCGAAAAUUACGGCUCAAACGAAAGAAUCACAAAGUUAUUAAACACAACCCGAAUCCACAUAAUGCCAUCUAUGAAUCCCGAUGGUUACGAAAAAGCCAAGGAGAACCGUAUCAAUUCAACAAAUUCUCCUGCAAGUGGUAGGGAGAAUGCUGCCGGGGUUGAUUUAAAUCGAAAUUUUCCAGAUCAAUAUUACCAAAAUGAGUACAACUCAAUUCUCCAACCAGAAACGAAAGCUGUAAUGAAUUGGAUCCUAUCAGAACAAUUCGUUUUAUCGGCAAAUCUUCAUAACGGUGCUUUGGUCGCAAAUUAUCCGUUUGAUGAUUCCCCACCGAUUAAAUCGGGUUUACCUCAAACUCACAAACAAGAAAAUUUAUCCCCGGAUGAUUCCGUUUUUAAACAUUUAGCGUUAACUUAUUCAGACGCUCAUAAAUCGAUGCAUUUUGGGCGACCUUGCCCGACGUUCCCCAAUGAAAAUUUCCAACAUGGGAUCACAAACGGAGCUGAGUGGUACAGCGUUUCUGGAGGUAUGCAAGAUUGGAAUUAUUUAAUCGCCGGUUGUAUGGAGUUAACGUUAGAGAUUGGGUGCGAAAAAUAUAUCGAUGAAUCUCAACUUGCUUCGACUUGGCUUGAUAAUCGCGAAGCUUUAUUAAGUUACGCGGAACAAGUUCACCGAGGCGUUUCUGGGUUUGUUUUUAGUACAAUUGGGAGAAAGAUUUCUCAGGCGGAAAUUAUCGUUGAAGGGAUUAACCACGUAGUGCAUUCCGGUAUUGAAGGAGAUUAUUACAGAAUUUUGCUCCCCGGGAAGUAUAAUUUAACGGUGAUGGCCCGUGGGUAUGAAAGUUAUACAGAAGCGAUUGAAAUCCCGGAAGCCACGGGACAUUUACAGUUCAAUGUGUCGUUGAUGAGAGAUGAUCCAAUGCAUUGGGCGUCUGCUUACGAUUUUGGAUUAUCAGCGAAUCAAUAUAAACCGAAAUAUCAUACAGACAGUGAGUUGUAUUCGUUGAUGGCGGAAAUGGAGAAUCGAUAUCCUAAUUCGGCGGAAUUUGAAGCAGGAGAGGAUGAUGUUUCAAUGGUUAUUAGGAGUGUUAAGAUUACUGAUGAUAUUAAAAACAACGACGAAUUAAAAUACCACGUCGCAAUAAUCGGGGGUUUAUUCGCCACGCAACCCAUCGGGCGAGAACUUUCCAUUUACUUAGCGCGUCAUCUCCUCCAAGGUUAUCAAUAUCAAGACCCCACAAUCGUCUCGUUACUAAAAAACGCUGUUUUCCAUAUCAUCCCCCUCAUCGACAACGGCUUCGAUUCAAUCUGGGGGGAUUACCCGAAAGAAGUGCCCGGAAAUCGCCGUCCUGACUCGUACCAAUGCCAGAACAUUUCCGCCGAUUUCAAACAAGUGGGCGAUCUCAUUUUAAACAUAGGGAAUAAGAACGUGAACGGGGGCGCUCAAACGAGAAUUUCAAACGCGUUCAAACGAAUGUUAUUAGAAGAGAAUUUCGAUUUUAUAAUUAACUUUGAGGGUGGUAGCAAAGGGAUCGUUUUCCCUGAGGUUAAAAGCAACAAAGAUAUUUUCAAAUUUUUCGCCGGGGAAUUUACCAAAAAUCAAAUCGACGAAAGUUGCGUUAAUUUAAUUCAAGCAACUGACGAUAUUAUCACGGACUAUAUCUUUAAUGAGUACAACACAGCUUUAUUCACGGCCAAAGUGAGUUGUUGCGAAUACCCCGCGAUCGAGAAUGUACCUUACAUUUGGCGCGAAACUUUAGAAUCAAUCAAAAACUUUUUGAGCAUCAUCAAAACGGGGAUUCAAGGAUUUGUUAAGGAUCUAAACAAUAAUCCUUUAUUAAACGCAACGAUUACAAUCAAAGAUAUCCCGAAAAUCUAUGAAGUUACGAAACCUUCGGGGCAUUUUAAAGUUAUGCUACCACCCGGAGAAUACACCAUAAUCGUUGAGGUACCUCAAGCGCAUCGAAAAAUCAUUACGGUUUUAAUCGAUAAAGAUAACAUCUUCGAAUUAAACGUAACAUUUAGUGGGGAUGACCAACUGGUUAUUAAUAAAUCUGACUCGAAAAUUGAAUCAAAUAUUAUAAAAAAUAAUUUCAAAAAUACCGCAAAUCAUAAUUUUAUUGGAAUCAAAGGAUUUGUUGCCGACAAAUCAAACCAACCGAUUCCAACCGCAAAAAUAUUUAUUUCCGAGAAAAACUUGACCCUUACUGUCGAUAAAAACGGUUCCUACCAGACGAAUUUGACGUCGGGGAAAUACACCGUUGAAGUAUCCGCCCCGAAUUAUUACAAAAACGUUAAAUACGUCGAAAUUAAUAAUGUCACUUUGGUACCGAAGAUGGUUAUGUUCACAUUGGAGAGGAAUGAGAAAGUUUUGGGGCUUCCAAGGUUGGUGUUUACGUUGCUAACGGGAACGCUGAUUGUGAUCGGGUUGGGUUUAGCUGCUUUUUGUUACGUGGCUUGUAAAAAUAGGAAAGGUUAUGGGCUGGUGGCGUCUCAAGAACAGGAUAGCUUAUUUGGUGAUGAUAAACCGAUAAUUAGACCAUAUUUCGACGACGACGACGAAGAUUAUUUCGAUAAAGGAUCUUUAAGCAGUUCGGAAGAGGACGAAAUCGUAUUAUUACAAUCACCAAAUUAUCAAAAAACGCCUUUGGUGAAGACCUGAGAGACCCAUUAAUUAAUCGAAAACUUACUUCAAUAAAAUUAAUUUAAUUAAAAUUAAUUUACCGUAAAAUGAAGACUUAAAAGAUAAUGUUGUUUUAAGUCAAAAAUUAAUUUAACGAAAAAGAGAGACUACUAAAGCAAUCUCAGAAAGUGAUACAAUUCCAAUUUUUUUAAAUCAAGAAAAAACAUUUUUGACGUAAUUUUGUAUUGAUAUUUUUUUCUUUAAUAUUAAGAGAUAUUUUUAUGAAAUAUUCUGCACCUCGAAAAAUGACGAACACAGGGUUGUGAAACAGCUGUGCUAAUAGAUUUUAAGCUAUAAUUAUUAAGAUAAGAGAAAAAAUAAUGAUAUUAGUAUUAAAAUUAUAUAUAUGCUAUUAUUAUUGUUACUAUUUAAGUUUAAUUAAGAAAUAUCUUACAAGGAAUCGUUUGAAUUGCUUUCCUUGUUAUUUUCUUUUAAGGAGAUAAUAAAAUAUUAUUUUUUGAAGCACUCUAAA